CAAAGUAAGUGUUGCUACUAAUUACUAUAUGAUCUAGCAUAUUAGAACAGUAUAAAGGUGUAUGUUGUAGUACAGUAGCAAUAUAAAGCACAGCUCCGUUAUUAUAGGCGUCUGAUUUUCCGGCGAGUUCUCCGAUCACCCCACCGGCCACUUCCACCUUGGGUUUCGUGCAACUUCACAUAUUAUCUCUACUUUAUUCUCUUUGCCUUUCCAUUUUUGGAUACUAGUAUUGUUUUUUAAACAUCUUUUGUUGGUUCUUGAUUAUCCGGCGACCCUUGGUGUCAGCUUCCUUUUUCCUACUUCAAUGCUAAUUACAUGUUGAUCAACUUAUGGUAAUAUUUCCAUAACUUGAAAUCCAACCUUUCGUCGAAUAGGAAAUUGUAAUCACCCCAUUCAGAGAUUUUUUUUUUUUUUUUUUUUUUGGGGUAUAGUUUGAUUAAUUCGGCAACUGGAAAAUGCUGGCGUAAUCAUGACAAUGGAAAAGGAAGAAUAUUUGGUUUCCAGGAAAUUCCGUGUUGCAAUUAUGGAGCUUAGCAUAAUGGUGGUUUAGUACCUAAAGCAAUGCUGGAGAUUUCUAUAUUGAGAAAGUGAAAAGCUGGAAUUACGUGAAAACUUUGUGUUAGACCAGUUCUUUUUUUAAAAGAAAUUGUUUUUUGGAGAGAGAGAGAGAAGUGGAAAAACUGAAUAGAUUGUGAAGCAAUUCAAGUGGAAAUUUUUGGUGAAAUGAAGGCGCCAUCAAAUGGAUAUCUAGCAAAUUCAGGAGAAGGUGAAAGAAAGCUCAUGAAUUCAGAGUUAUGGCACGCUUGUGCUGGCCCAUUGGUUUCUUUGCCUCCUGUUGGAAGCCUUGUGGUAUAUUUUCCUCAAGGUCACAGUGAGCAGGUGGCGGCAUCAAUGCAAAAGGAGACAGAUGGAAUACCAAGCUAUCCUAAUCUUCCUUCCAAGUUGAUCUGCAUGUUACACAAUGUCACUUUACAUGCUGACCCUGAAACUGAUGAGGUUUAUGCUCAGAUGACUCUUCAACCUGUAAACAAGUAUGACCAGGAGGCUUUACUUUUAUCUGAUAUGGGCCUUAAGCAGAACAGGCAGCCUGCCGAGUUCUUCUGUAAAACUCUCACAGCUAGUGAUACAAGCACACAUGGUGGAUUUUCUGUUCCUCGACGAGCAGCCGAGAAGAUAUUUCCUCCCCUGGACUAUUCAAUGCAACCUCCUGCUCAGGAGCUAAUGGCUAGAGAUUUACAUGACCAAGCAUGGACUUUCAGGCAUAUCUAUCGAGGUCAACCAAAAAGACACCUUUUGACUACUGGUUGGAGUGUCUUUAUCUCCUCUAAAAGGCUGUGUGCCGGCGAUUCUGUCCUUUUCAUAAGAGAUGAAAAGUCACAUCUUCUCUUGGGUAUAAAACGAGCGAAUAGACAGCAGCCUGCCCUCUCCUCAUCUGUUAUAUCUAGUGACAGCAUGCACAUUGGGAUCCUUGCUGCUGCAGCUCAUGCUGCUGCAAAAAAUAGUCCGUUUACUAUCUUUUACAAUCCUAGGUACUAUAUCAGCCCUUGUUACAUUGAAAAUAUUUCGUGUUUGAAUUUAGAUGUUGAAUUAUACACACAUUUUUUUAAUCUUGCUCCUUUUGUUCUUGACAGGGCUAGCCCUUCUGAAUUUGUAAUUCCUCUGGCCAAGUAUAAUAAAGCUAUGUAUGCACAAGUUCAACUAGGUAUGCGAUUUCGGAUGAUGUUUGAAACGGAGGAUUCUGGAGUCCGUAGGUACAUGGGUACAAUAACUGGUGUUAGUGAUCUGGACCCCAUACGAUGGAAGAACUCACAGUGGCGUAAUCUUCAGGUGGGAUGGGAUGAAUCAACUGCUGGGGAACGUCCAAGCAGAGUUUCUAUAUGGGAUAUUGAGCCUGUCGUGACUCCUUUUUAUAUCUGUCCACCUCCAUUUUUCAGGCCCAAGUUUCCUAAGCAGCCAGGUUUUCCUGGUGAUGAGUCUGAUAUUGAAAAUGUUUUAAAGAGGGGGAUGCCUUGGAUGAACGACGAGUUAGGUCUAAAAGAUGCUCAAAGCUCAAUAUUCCCUGGACUGAGCUUGGUACAGUGGAUGAGUAUGCAACAGAACAAUCAUGUGCCAGUUGCCCAAUCUGGACUUCCUAGUGUCUUACAUAGUAAUAUCGGUACUGAUGACCAUUCUAAGUUGCUGAACUUUCAGUCACCUACAUUAUCUACACAAGGUCUCCAGUUCAAACCAAAUCAACAAAACCAGCAAUUUGGGCAAAUCCAGCAGCCACCAUUAGCAUGGGCUCAACAGCAGCAGCAAUCGUUACAGUCUCCUGUGAGUGCACAGCAGCAGCAACCCUCGCUGCAACAGCAACAGCAACACGCACUGCAGCAGCAGCAACAACAACACAUGCUGCAGCAGCAGCAGCAACAACAACACUCGCAGCAGCAGCAACAACAACAACAACACUCGCUGCAGCAGCAACAACAACAACACACGCUGCAGCAGCAGCCACACCAACACAUGUUGCAGCAGCAGCCACAGCCACAGCCACAGCUUCAUCAGCAAGCACAGCAGCAGCUGCAGCAACAACAGCGUCCAUCCCAGCAGCAACAAUUGGCCGUGAAUUCAUCGCCACCAAUAAAUCAUUGUGUAUCUCCUCCUAACCAGAUUCCUUUUUCACAAGGUGCGAUAUAUGGUCAGCAUCAGCAGCAACAGUUACUAUCAGCUAGUACCCAACCACAGCAAAAUGUUCCUGUCAAUAGAAAUCCAUUUCCUUCUACAUCCUUGGCACAAGACUUCCCAUUUCAGCAACAAGUGGAACAUCAAAAACCUCAGCAGCAGCAGACAAUACCACAGCAAGCUCCACUACAAUUGAUGCAGCAAAGUUUGAUGCAGAGGCCACAAGUUCAACCAUCAUCACAGCAGAGCCUUACGGAGCAGCAGCUGCAACUACAGCUUCUUAAUAAACUGCAGCAGCAACAACAGCAACAUCAGCAACAAGCACAGCGAUUAUCUCCUGUAAGCUCUACUGUGGAGCCGCGUAUGUCCCAGCAACAACAGUACCGGCAGCCACAAGAGCUCCAGUUUGCUCAUCAGCAAUUGACAACCACACAUCUCCAGUCACCUCAACAUGAUUUCAACCAACUCCAAGGCCAGCACAAAUCCCCUAUAACAAUCAAAGCCCUUUCUGGUGCUACAGAUGGAGAUGCUCCUUCAUGUUCAACCUCUCCUUCUACAAACAAUUUCCAAGUUUCACAACCAAACUUCUUGACGAGGAACCAAGGGCAAGCGAUACUGGUGGAUGAGUCGGGAGUUGAUCCUUCUCAAGAGCAAAACAAAUCCGAAUUUCGAAUAAAACACGAGCUACCGUUCUCAAAAGGUUCAGAGCAGUCUAAAUACAAAGGCAAUGGUACUGAGAACUUAGAGGCAGCCUCAUCAACAACAUCCUACGGGCUGGAUUCUAGUGGAUUCAACUUUUCAUUGCCUGCAUUAUGUGUGGAAGGUGAUGUUCAAUCACAUUCUAGGAACAGUCUUCCUUCUGCAGCAAAUAAUAUAGAUGGAUUGACCCCUGAUGCUUUACUAUCACGGGAUUAUGAUCCCGGAAAGGAUAUGCAAAACCUAUUCUCUCCUUUUGGCAAUGCCCCUAGGGACAUAGAAACUGAGUUGUCUGAUGCUGGGAUCAAUUCUCAACAAUUUGGGGUGCCAAACAUGUCAUACAAGCCAAGAAGUUCCAAUGAUCUUGCUGUGAAUGACAAUGGUGUUCUGAAUAAUAAUGCAUGGACGAAUCAGACUCAGCGCAUGAGAACAUAUACAAAGGUUCAAAAACGAGGCUCUGUGGGAAGAACUAUAGAUGUCACUCGUUACAAAGAGUAUGAUGAACUAAGGCAUGAUCUAGCACGUAUGUUUGGAAUAGAGGGACAGCUUGAAGAUCCUCAAAGAACUGAAUGGAAGCUUGUGUAUGUUGACCAUGAGAAUGAUAUACUGCUUGUUGGUGAUGAUCCUUGGGAGGAAUUUGUGAGCUGUGUUCAGAGCAUCAAAAUCCUGUCUUGUGCUGAAGUGCAGCAAAUGAGCUUGGAUGGGGAUUUAGGUAAUGUGCCAGUACCAAACCAAGCUAGCAGUGGCACUGAUAGUGGUAAUGCGUGGAGGGGACACUAUGAUGACAACUCAGCUGCAUCGUUUAAUCGAUAAGGUGCUCCAAUUAAAUGGGAACUAACUUUGGGAUAUAUUUUCAACACAUUUCCCUCGAGGCUGCAAACAACUGAGAUCAGCAUAUUCUAACUGAAGAUGAGGUAGUGGAACCAUGUGUUCCAGGCAGCUGGUGGGAACAACUCAUGACGUUCUUUUAUACGUGACGUGAAUUCACAUACCUUUUUAGGCUAUGGAACUCCCCGCUUGUCUUCGUGGCACAGUUGAAAUUAGAUUAGUUCGAUUGAUACUUUAUUGUUAGGUGCAAAAUUUGUGAAUGAGUUGAAGAGAGAAACUUUAAAUUUAUUAUUUUUCAGAUCAAAGUAGGUGGAAGUUAGCCUUGUAAUUUAGGCAUCGCAAAAUUACAGGAAGAAACAUUCCUGUUCGUACUAAAUUUAACAGAAAGUGUAUAGCUUUGACGAUUGUGGAAAACUUGUCUAAUGACAUUACAGCGCUUCAAGUUUUUACAUU